GAGUUUGUAGUGCAGCCCAGCCAGGUGGUAGCUGAAGGAAUCUGACUGUCAGUCUGGCCAGCGAGUCACUCAGUGCGUGGAAUACUCGUGGAACCAGCCGCUGAGAGCACAAGUAUCCAGCCUUCGUUACAGCGGGAACAGAAACUUGACUCGGCCUGUGAAAACAGUAAAUUACCAUGAUGGCAGUGAUGGGAAGCGCCGGUCGCUUGAUCCAAUUUGCCAGGAGCAGCGUCAGUCUGAGUAUAAGGAAACGCUCCACUGCUGCUGCUUUAGCCCAGGCUGCAACUCUAGAAACACAGCAGAACAGGAAACCUAAGACGGGCAUCUUGAUGCUGAACAUGGGAGGACCUGAGAAACUAGAAGAUGUUCACGACUUCCUGCUGCGGCUCUUCAUGGACACAGACCUGAUGAAACUCCCUGUACAGAGUAAGCUCGGCCCGUUCAUCGCCAAGCGCCGCACGCCAAAGAUCCAGGAGCAGUACAGUAAGAUCGGGGGAGGCUCGCCCAUCAAACACUGGACCUCCAUGCAGGGAGAGGGCAUGGUGAAGCUGCUGGACGAGAUGAGUCCUGAGACAGCUCCUCAUAAGUUCUACAUCGGUUUCCGGUACGUUAAGCCGCUGACGGAGGAGGCCAUCGAGGAGAUGGAGAGAGACGGGGUGGAGAGAGCCGUGGCCUUCACACAGUAUCCUCAGUACAGCUGCUCCACCACAGGCAGCAGUCUGAACGCCAUCUACCGUUACUACAGCAACAGAGGGGACAGGCCAAAAAUGCGCUGGAGUGUCAUCGACCGUUGGCCCACACACCCUCUGCUGGUGGAGUGUUUUGCAGAACACGUCAGAAACGAGCUGCUGAAGUUUCCAGAAGAGAAGAGAGACGACGUUGUCAUUCUGUUCUCAGCCCACUCCCUCCCUAUGGCUGUUGUAAACAGAGGCGACCCAUAUCCUCAGGAAGUGGGAGCCACCGUCCAGAGAGUCAUGGAGAGACUGGGACACUGUAACCCUUACAGACUAGUGUGGCAGUCCAGGGUGGGGCCCAUGCAGUGGCUCGGCCCCCAGACGGACGAUGUGAUUAAAGGUCUGUGUGAGCGUGGGAAGAAGAACCUCCUGCUGGUGCCCAUCGCCUUCACCUCGGACCACAUAGAGACUUUACACGAGCUCGACAUAGAGUAUGGGCAGGUGCUGGGGGAGGAGUGCGGGGUGGAGAACAUCAAGAGAGCGGAGUCGUUGAAUGGGAACCCUCUCUUUAUGAAGGCUCUGGCAGACCUGGUCAACACCCACCUGAAGUCCAACGAGGCCUGUUCCCGUCAGCUGACCCUCCGCUGCCCGCUGUGCACCAACCCCACUUGUGGGGAAACCAAGGCCUUCUUCGCCAGCCAGCCAACCUCAUAGAAACACACACACACACACACACACACACACACUAUAGUGCCCUUCCUGCAGCAGUGCUACCUGUGAAAGAAACUUAAGGCCUUCUUCGAUAAACCGAAGACUCAUACACACAAACACAAACACACACACACACACACACACACACACACAUAAACACACACCGUGUCUCCAGCAAUAGUGUCAGUUACAUAGAAAAACACAACAUGAGGGACUUGGGGAAAUGGUUUCUGCGAAUACAUUUUGACGUUUGUUUUAUUGUAUCUACAUGUCGGACGGGAGGAGUUUGACCACAGCGAGUACCUUACCUUACUUACUUAAUGGGAAACAUACACAAACUCAAUCCAAAAUUGGCAUUUUAGUAGCAUUUAGUACAUCAUAUUUUAAUAAUCAAACAAAAUGCUAAUAUUAGGCUUUGAAUACACCGACGAAUACAAUUUUAUUUUUGGUUUUUGGUCUUUUCAUGGGAGAAAAAAAAAGAUAUUUCUAAUAUCUGCAUCUUAACACUCACUUCAGAUAAUUCAUGAUUCCAUAAAUGACUCCCAACCAGCAAACCACACAGAUUAAAACAAACGCGAAUUGCGGAUACCAUUUUGCAAAAAGUCCGCGAGGGUAAAAGAACUGACACUGUGCAGGAACUGCUCACAUCCCAUCAACGCUAAAGAAAACAAAAGCCUUGCACUAUUAUUUUUUAUUUUUUUGUGUGCGCAUCUUUUAUUGCAGCUCUUCUGGUUACAUUCCAUGCGAUCGGCCCCUGUUAACCCCCAUCAGAGACCCCGUUUCUCUUCUCUCUGGUGCUAAAUGAAAAACAGUUCGCCAAUGACGACGACGCCACACACGAGGGAUCUGGUCGUCAUGCCGUUGACCCACCAGCCAGCCCUGCUGCAAUUCUCGCAAUGUGAUUGGAGGAGGUUGGUUGCUGCUCAAAAUGCUGCUGCCUGUUAGGUGGAUACCACUGAACUUAAGAGAGUAAAAAAAAAAAAUAAAAAAAAUAGAAUUUAGGAGGAAUUGCGCGGCUACUUUAUUUAGGAGAGUCAACUUCAUGACAGGAAGAUUUGAGUAAAAAAAAUAUUCUAAUCCUCAUUCUUAGUCCUGCAUCCAUCCAUCAUCUAUUCUAUGUUGGUGCUUUGCAAAGCUAAGAAAGAGCUUAGAAAGAACCUUGCGUGAGUUCUACAAUAAUCCACAGUGCCGCUGUAGUCCAUCUGCAGAUUCCGUUUGGGUCAGCUCAUAAUGCUUUUUCCUCUCUGCCAACUGCCGCGUGGUGACGUCUGUAAUUUCCUUUUUGAAUCCUCUCCCUAAUGACCUAAUUCGUUACUGAAAAUCAUUUUGAGCCUAAUUACGUGCAGGUACUUCUGUUCAUUACCAAUUCUGAUCUAAUACUUUGAUUCAUCAAUAUCGAAAUAGAUGUUCGAUUUUGUAACAUAUUUAGCAGUUCGCAGAAGCCUUUUGUUCCAUUACUGUAAGCGCUCUGUAUACAGUUUUAGUUUUAAGUGAUAAGACAAAAGGUUUUUACAUUUAAUUCAUAUAUCAUAUUCUUGGAGCCGUGAAAAGCUUUUCACGAGUCACUUUUGAAGGACGGCACGGGAAGUUUAAAAGAGCAAAAAAAAACUACAAUGACACUGGAACUGUCCUACAACAACAAGAUUCAGUAUGCGUUCUUUAAAAAAAAAACAAUACUGUGUAGAGAAGUAGCACAAUUAAGUAGGAUUAGAGUUAAGUUUUAAUGUAGAUUCACUUUGACUUCGGUCUGCCUAAACCUCUCUGCAGUUUUUUUUCUUCCACUCACACCUCCCCUGAUCACAGGGCAGUAACUAAAUGUGAAUCUAAUUAGUCAUAAGGUUGAAGGUUUAUAGGUUUAUUUAUUUAGUUUUGCCGUCAGGUGCUACAGCUCCAUAAAAUGUCUUGAAGUUCACAGGUUUGAUUUAUCUGCUGUCCCAUUCGGCAUGAGACUCCCUAAUAAUGUGUAAAGGUCAAAAUAAAACCGUAAAACUUUUUAUGGGUAGUACUCGGUACCUCUAACCCCGUCCCUCCACUGUUUUUGUCCUGUGAUACCAUGAGACUGUGCCUUUUACACUGGCUAACUAGAAAUACUGGACUUUAUGCGUUAUGUUAUUUUUUUUUACGUGUGCUUAACCAAAAUGCUGACAGGAAAAAUCCACCCUGAAAUCUGAAUUUCCCAGUGUUUUAUAUUCCAAACUUCCGUAAAUGAACUCCGAACUGUACAACUUUAGCAAACGGCAAGCUAACUACAUAGAAGUGUGAACUAGCGAGCAUAGAAGGCGAGCUAAGUGUUAGCAAACGGGUAGCGUAAUUUCUGCAAAGCCUUCGUCGCUUGCAGUUGCGUAUAAUACAAUAUCCAAUAUCAGAGGACAGUAGGUCGAUUGAAAUAAUUGAGAAGCUGUGCAACGUGUAGCCUCUAUCUGGUUUUUACUUUUGAACAAACCGCUACAAAUACGUAACCUGAUAAAAACGGUAGCUAAUGUAGACUACCUAUGUGCUGUGAGUACAAGGCUAAUUCACGAACACUUCGUCUUCCCGUUCUCCUCCAGAUGUGGCGCAAAUACAGCAGCAGCAACGCUCGCUUGCUAGCUUAUUAGCUCGCUUGCUAGGGAGCCAGCUAACCUGUGCAUUACUAGUGCUCACAUGCUUGCUAGUUAGCUCACUAACUUAGUGUAGGUGCAGCCAUUCUGAAGAUAAUGUGAAAGAACAUACAAGAUAGCUGUUGACUUAUUGAUAGUCUGAGCUUGACUUUUCAAAACCAAAAAAAGCAGACCCUCAGACUUUUUAUUCUGCCAAUAACUGUCAAUGAACCUUUGAGGUCUUUAGCGUUUCAGCCUUUUUCCAGUAAGUACAGACAGUAUACAUUGGAGCUGUUGGAUGUGCUUGCCAUUGAUUACCAACGACGUUGGGAGAGACACUUUAUAAUUUAGAAAGAUUUACAUCUUUUUAUCUUAUUGUGUAGCUAUAUUGGACCUACUACCAGCACUUGCAACUUCCAAAUUUAUGUUUCUCUUAGUCACUCUUUGAACAUGGUUACACCUAAAUGCCAACAAUUGCUGUAUUUAUUGUACUGUUCUUUUAGUUGGUAAAUCUCUCUGCUUCCACUGUGUAAUGCAUACAUGCACAUUGCAACACAUAUCCGCGUUCAAUACAAACAGCACUACUUUGUGCUUUCAGUGCCCUUCCACAGGUUUGAAAGUGAUGGUUUUGUUUUUGAGGAAUACUUUACCCAGAGUUCUCUGUUUUAUGUCAAUGGAUCCAUGUGGCAGCUCAGUUUAAAUGAGUUUCAAAUGAGUAUUUCUCCUUUUUUUUUGUGCAUAGCUGCUAGCUGAUCCCACAGACAUUAAGCUAAAAUAAGCCAAUCUCGAUGUUACAAGACACCAUCAAACUGCGGUAUCAGUAACCCAAAAGUAAAAUUCCUCAAAAAACCUAACCAUCACUUUACUACAACUAUAUCUAACUACCAAUUUGUGCAGAAUGUGAUGGGUGGGUUUUUCCUCAACCAACAUGUUUCUCAUUUAUUUUGAAUUAUACUCUGUGUGUCCGGUUUGACAAAUCUGUGUGUUUUAAGAGUUUUGCUCGGUGUGUGUGUGUGUGUGUGUGUGCGCUUAGCUGAAAAUGCAUUUAGCAGAGUUUGCGUUGUACAUAUAACAAAGACGCUACAGCUUUGUUGCAGCUCAAGCGUACUUUUUUGUUUGGAAUUAUUUAUUUUUGGUCUUUUGUUUGUGUUCCAGACCACAUACUGUCUCCAUUGUUUGAACUUUUUUAUUUUAUUUUUUUUAUAUAUAUAUUUGAGGGACAUGGUAUUAGCAUUGCGAUUACAGCAUUGUAAAUUAAAUGCAAUAAAAGAAAACAGCGACUGGUGUAA